AUGCCGUGGAAAGCAGCCAACGAGCACGGCGAGGCACGUGUUAUUCGCACUUAUCUCGAGUCUCGCUCGCGAGCUCGCGAGAAGGUGACGCUUUUAGUUGACCCUAGACCGAGUUAUACGGGGCUUGUGGCGAGCCUGGUGUUUCUGGAUAAGGUGAUUGUGUAUGCGGGGAUUAUUAGACUAUUUCUAGAUGUUGCCCAGAGACAUCGGAACCAGGUUUAG